GUGUGGCACAGGCGUAAUAAAGCCUGGACUGAUGUUCUGCUGGACCUCCGAGUGUCGCACCUCUCCGGAACCCUGUGCUGUGAAAUACUGACGGAUAGUUUUGAGACGUGUUCCUUAAAAAAUAAAUAAGAACCUGCGAGACCAUGAACUCUUUCACACCAGAGGACUUUGACUUCACUGUCCUGGAGGAGGGGUCUUGUGCCUGUGACGUCCUUGAGCAGAGGAUCAACGAGUCAUCCAUGUCGGACGACAAAGACGCCUUCUACGUGGCGGACUUGGGGGACGUCCUGAAGAAGCACCUGAGGUGGGUGCGUGCCCUGCCCCGCGUCACGCCCUUCUACGCCGUCAAGUGCAACGACAGCCGCACCGUUGUCAUGACGCUCGCCUCCCUGGGGACGGGGUUCGACUGCGCCAGCAAGAAUGAGAUCCAGCUGGUUCAGUCUCUCGGGGUGGACCCCAGCAGGAUCAUCUACGCCAACCCCUGCAAGCAGGUGUCCCACAUUAAGUACGCCUCUGCCCACGGGGUCCAGAUGAUGACCUUUGACAGUGAGGCAGAACUCACGAAGAUCGCCCGUUACCAUGAAAAUGCCAAGCUGGUGCUCCGCAUCACCACGGACGACUCGAAGGCAGUGUGCCGGCUGAGCGUGAAGUUUGGGGCGACGCUGGAGAGCAGCCGGCUGCUCCUGGAGCGCGCGCGGGAGCUGGGCCUCGACAUUAUCGGGGUCAGCUUCCACGUGGGCAGCCGCUGCACCGACCCCGAGACCUACAGCCAGGCCAUCUCAGACGCCCGCUGCGUCUUCGACAUGGGGGCAGAGCUGGGCUACAAUAUGACCCUUCUGGACAUUGGCGGGGGAUUCCCUGGGUCCGACGACUCCAAGCUGACGUUUGAGGAGUUCACAGCUGUCAUAAACCCAGCGCUGGACAAGUACUUUCCAGCCGACUCUGAGGUCCAAGUAAUCGCUGAGCCGGGCCGCUACUAUGUGACUUCAGCCUACACGCUGGCGGUCAACAUCAUCGCUAAGAAGGUGGUGAUUCGGGAGCAAUCGGCCUGUAACGGCAAAGCUGAUGGGGCCAACAACGGGACCCUGAUGUACUAUGUGAACGAGGGCGUCUACAGCUCGUUCGUCCAUGUGAUUUUCAACUACGCCCAUGUCCUGGCAACUCCACAUAAGAAACUCAAGCCGGGUGAGCGUACCUACCCCUGCAGCAUCUGGGGCCAGACCUGCGACGGGCAGGACCGCAUUGUGGAGCAGUGCAUCCUGCCUGACCUGCAGGUGGGCGAAUGGCUACUGUUCCACAACAUGGGGGCCUACACCAUCCCCAUGUACUGCACCUUCAACGGCUUCCAGAAGCCCGACAUCCACUAUGUGAUGUCCCGGAGUGUGUGGCAACGCAUUCAGCAGAUCUCCACUCAGGGGCUGCAUGGCCCCAUUGAAGAGGCCUGUCCCAGCGACCUGCCGUCCUGCUGCAGGAGGGAGAGCAGCCUGUAGCUGCCAGCCAAGCCCUUCCCCGCCCGCGUGCGAUAUUCACUCCCAUAAAUACUUGAAGAUAACGAAGAAUUCAACGACAAAGCAAAUGCUAACGAGCCAAUCCUGCAGUACCCGGCUCCUCUGUAGUGCAUAGGCCUUUAAUAAUGAACGCCGUCCACCUCACUCAGCUUCAGGCAACUUCACCCCAGUUGUGUUCAUUCCCAGUCCCUGUGUGUGGACAUCCCUCUUCGAUCUGUCCCUGGGGAAACCUCACUUCCUCUUUCCCUGGAGGCUCUACUUCAGGGCUUGGCGGGUGAUGAUGGUUGCUAGUCUCCCGAUGCCAUGCCCUCUCCAACCACACUUUCACAGCUUCUUAAAGAUGACUGAGAACGAUCCUGUUCAGACCUUUUGUCCGAAUAUGGUCCGGAUAUUACGGAAGUUCCACUAAGGGUGGUCUUCUUCACCCCGAACAUUUUAUUCCAUAAUUAUUCCACCAGAAGUCCAUUUCAGCUCAGGCUUCCCCAAACGAUUUUUGCCCAGUUCAGAAUUACUUUUUGUGGCCAGGAGAUAUGGAUCUCUCUACCACCAGACAUUAAUCAACAUCACUCCACUGAUUAAAAAAACUAUUUAGGGUUCUCUGUUGUACUGAUCACAUUAACUCUUCAGCAAGACUCGACA